UAUAAAUAUUUUUUGCCCACGGAAAGAAAAAGUGUCCCAGUCCACAUAUAGGAUUGGCCUUGGCUUGGCAACCAAUGCCCAAUGGCGGUCACCCACCACCACCACCACACGACCUGCGCGCUCCCGCGCCGCAGCCACACCACUUCCAGCACUAGUGCCAGCCGCCGAGGCCCCUCCCCCUCCUCCUCCGGCCAUCAUCUCACCACCACCAGCCUCUGCCUCCCCGCCGCGCCGCCGCCGCCGCCGCCGUCCGAGACCCUCGACCGCGUCCUCUCCGACCUCGAGUCCCAACCGCGCCUCCUCAACCCCUCCCUCCUCGCCUCGCUGCUCUCCGCCCUCCCGCGCCACCCCUCCCCGCGCCGCCGCCUCCCCGUCUCGCUCCUCCGCCGCCACCCGGACCUCGCCGUUCGCCUCCUCCACCUCCACGCUUCCCUCGGCCUCGUCGCCUACGCGCACCACCUGUUCGACCACCUGCUGCCCGAGCGCGCCCGGGAGGACGCCUUCCCCUGGAACUGCCUCGUCGCGGGGUACGCUAGCCUCGGCCGCCACGAUGACGCGCUCGCGCUCUACUUCCAGAUGGAUGAGCACGGCAUCCCGCGCGACCGCUUCACCUUCGCGUGGGCGCUCGAGGCCUGCGCGGGCGCCGGGUCGGUCGUGCUCGGCCAGGCCGUGCACCGUGACGUCGUGCGCGCGGGCCUCGCCUCUGACGUGCUCGUGUGCGACGCACUUACGGAUAUGUACGUCCGGUGCGGCGACAUUCCUCAGGCUCGGCGGGUGUUCGACGCAAUGCCGGUAAGGGACACCGUCUCAUGGAACAUCAUGCUUGCUGGGUGCCUGCGGCAUGGGCUGUGGCCUCAUUCUAUGGAGAUUUGGAGAAGGAUGCUCAGAGAUGGGCACAAGCCAGACUCCACUGUGUUAUCGACAAUGCUGUUGCUACUGCCAUUGCCUUCUGCUGAUGAUGAUAGUAAAAGGGGACUGGAGAUUCAUGCCUGGGUUAUUCGCCACGGGCUCGAGUCAGAGCUUCCAGUGGCAACUGCUCUAAUACGAAUGUACUCUAAGAAGAAUGAGCUUGGUCAUGCCUUGUCAGUGUUCGAGUUGAUGCCAGUGAGGGAUCGGUUGUCUUGGGAUGCUAUAAUCUCUGCACACCGCAGUGACUACGGGGUUCUCAUGAUGUUCCGACGCAUGGUGGACUCCGGAGUGCAGCCGGAUGAGGCUACAUUUGCCACGGUGCUAUCUGCCUGUAACAAUUUGGGGUUGAUGGAGGGUGCCAUGAGGUUGUUCUCCGAGAUGGAGAACCAGUACAGAGUUCAGCCUACCAUGAAGCACUGUAUCUGCAUGGUGAAUAUGCUAGGCAAGGCAGGGAUGAUCAACGAGGCUUAUAAGUUUGUGUCAAAGCAAACAUCUCUGAGCAGUGAUCCGACGGUCUUGAGGGCUCUGCUGCGUGCUUGCUCAGUGCACGGAAACACCAGGACUGCAGAGAUCAUCGCAAAGAGGUUGUUUGACCUGGAGCCUGACAAUGAGCAUAAUUUUGUACUUAUGCGGAUUUAUCAAAAUGCAGGAAGGUUAGAGGAUGUGAAUUGUGGAGAAUGCGAAGAAGAUGAUGAGGGAUAGAGGGCUGUAAUGUCAAGCUGAAUAGAUCUCAAUGAUCACAGCAUUUGAACCAAAUUUCUGAAUCCGUUUUGUGGCUAAGUGGUGGUGACUUUUUGUCCAAUGUGACCCUGCAGACAGUAUUAACAGCAGUUCAGAUUGAAAAUGUAUGUACAGUCCAGCAUGAGGCACAAAAUCAUGUCAUAUUGUGUAGAUUAUAUUUUUGCUUGUGAGAUAUCAAAUUGUACAUAGCUAAUCAAAAUGCUUUGA